AUGAAGCCCGUCGUCAGCGCCUUUAACGCGUGGUCAUGCACCGUUCUCUCCGUUUUCGCCAUUGUUAUCCUCAGCGCUCUCGCGGGCCUCUACCGAAGCAACCAUGAAGAAUUCACGGGCGGCGUAGAUGAUCCCGAAGAUGGCAAGGCAGUUUCAGACACCAUCUUCAUCGCCGUCCUCGUCUAUGUUGCUUUCUUUGUCUUUUGUGGCUUCCAAGGAUUCCUCCAUACCCGAGAAAGCCGUCGAGGCGCGAUUGCUCUGUAA